AUGUGGCUGGAAGGGUUGCAAUUGGAUCAGGAGAUCCUGCUGGAUGCCGGUGCGCAUUUGCAUCGGUUGAAGAUGUUCCCGUACUUUGACAUUGCACACUACGUUCUUGUAAUAUGCGAGGUACGUGACGAUCUCGCGUCAUCUGCCGGUCUGUUCUCCCGUAAACAUCCACUCUCGUGUUGGUUAUCGUCUAUGCUAAUGUGUUUUGCUGACUCUUUCCUGGCAAAUUUUCUUCUCGGAGAACCUGUUAUUGCGCCAUUCAAGCGACAUGAUGAUAUUCUUUUGACGACUAUCGUAUGGUAUUUAAUUUUCUAUGCCCCAUUCGAUGCAGUUUACAAGUUAUCAAAAAUGUUGCCCGUGAAAUGCGUACUAGCAGUAAUGAAAGAGGUGAAACGAGCCUACAAGGUUACUCAUGGAGUUUCGCACGCCGCUAAGCUUUAUCCGAGCUCUCACAUCGUCCAGGUUCUUGUAGGUACAGCAAAAGGUGCUGGUUCUGGAAUUAUGAAAACUAUUGAACAGCUGGUUCGUGGAGUUUGGUUACCCAAUCAUAAUGAAGCGCUUCGUCCGUCCUUUGCGACGAAGGCCUGUCUUCUCGCUUCACUCGUGUUCUGCUUGGAAAAGAACAGCAUUUACAUAACCGCACCACAUGAUCUUGUGUAUUUGUGUGUAGUCGGCUUCUUCGUGUACUUCAAACUUUCGGCGUUACUUCUCAAUGUUACUGACCCAUUCGCACCGAUUGAGAACUUGUUUUGUGCAGUUUUUAUGGGAGGUAUUUGCGACGCACUGUCAAGGGCUCUGGCUGCGGCCCGUGAAAGACGUGCCGCGGGACACGCUUCUGAGAACGGGACGAUUUCGAGUGGCGAGAAGAAAGACCAAUAA